AUGGCUAGGCUUACACUCAUUUCGGUCAUUGGCCUUCUCGCCUCAGUCCCUUGGGCUCACGCUCGUUUUGACAGCACUCUUCAGACUAACCUUGCCGUGUAUUGGGGCCAGAACUCCUAUGGCACGGUGAACUCCCAACAGCGUCUGUCUGCAUAUUGUUCAAUGACGCAGAUCAAUAUUAUUCCAAUUGCAUACAUGAACGGUAUCAACACGCCUUCAAUCAAUCUAACCACGUCGAAUAACAACUGUAGCGCGUACACGGGAUCGCAGCUCCUUGACUGCGCACAGCUUGAGAAUGAUAUCAAGAUUUGCCAGAAGACAUACGGCAAAACAGUCAUGCUCACGCUGGGUGGCACCACGUUUAACGAAGUCGGUUUCGAAUCUGUUGCGAAAGCUGAGGAGGCUGCUGUGCGGGUCUGGCAGCUAUUCGGUCCUGCUAUCGCCACAGAAAACCGGCCCUUCCGCACUGCCGUCAUCGAUGGUUUCAACUUUGACUUCAAAAGCUCCGCGACCAACAUUGUCGCCUUCGCAGCGAAGCUGCGGGCGAUCACGGACAACAAUUUCUCGUUGCCCUGGCUCAGUGGCGGCUCCAACGCGCAGAAGAAGACAUACCUGGCUGCCUCGCCUUCAUGCUCCUUUCCAAACCCGUCAAUGAACGAUAUCCUGGCCAAUGUCUACCUAGACAUGGUUUUCGUGCAGUUUUAUGACAGCAGCUGUGGCGCCAACACGUUCCUCUCCAACUUCGCCAGCUCUUCACAGCCCCAGAUCCAGCCUAACUUCAACUUGAGGACCUGGAAUACUUGGGCCACCUCCCUGUCCGUGAAUAAGGACGUCAAGAUCUUUGUUGGAUUGCCAGCCGGUGUUGCUGCGGCCAAUUCUGGAUACGUCUAUGGGGACCAACUGUGCGCAAUCAUUACGUUUGCUAAGACGUUUAGCAACUUCGGUGGUGUUGUUCUAUGGGAUAUGACCUCGCAAAUCUCCCACAUCAACGAUCUCGAUCUCGUCAACUCGAAGCGCCUCGAGUAUUGGAACAGCAGAGGCAUCGUCGACUUCGCUUCGAUUGACUUCAUCCGAGACUACUUCGUCCCCGCGGAGCACCACUCCCAUCCCGUCUUCGCUCGUUACCUCUCUUUCUUCUUCGUUUGA